UGAGCUAGACCUGACUUGAAAGCUUAGCCUGAGAUACACAACUCAAUUACAUCAAAGGAAAACACAGUCUAAGAAUAUCAAACUGAAAUAUUCGAAAUAAACUGCGCCUGUAUUUAAUAUUGGAGUGCCCACCAUGUUGUCGGACAUCGAUGCCCUGCCCUCGAUCCAGCUGGGCGACUUUACGCUACAGUUCGAGCUAGGAGACGCGACCCCAACCGCCAAGGAGGUGGCCGAGCGGGAGCUGCGCGAAUCUCCCGAGCGCCAAAAGCAGGCGACACAGGAACUCAAGCGAUUGCUCGAGGCCGAGACGGAUCUGUACUGUCCCAAGGACAAUGAGGAGUGGCUGAUACGCUUCCUGCGGCCCUGCAAGUAUUAUCCAGAGAGUGCGCGCGACUUGAUCAAGCGCUACUACGCGUUCAAAGUAAAGCAUUCGGAUGUGUACAACAACUUGAAACCCACACGGGAGGCGAACAUCUUUAAAAAUAAUAUACUCACCGUGUUCCCCAAUCGCGAUCAGCUCGGACGCCGCAUAUUGUUACUCGAGCUGGGCAAACGCUGGAAGCACAAGCAGGUCACGCUUGAUGAAGUCUUCAAGGGUGCCGUCAUUUUUCUGGAGGCCGCCAUGCUGGAGCCGGAGACGCAAAUCAAUGGGGCCGUUGUCAUUUUCGACAUGGACGGACUUAGUCUGCAGCAGACCUGGCAAUUUACGCCGCCGUUUGCCAAGCGCAUCGUGGACUGGCUGCAGGAGUCUGUGCCGCUGCGCGUCAAGGCGAUUCAUAUUGUGAACCAGCCGAAGAUUUUCAAUGUGGUUUUUGCGCUCUUUAAGCCCUUCCUGCGGGAGAAACUGCGCAGUCGUAUCAUCUUCCAUGGCACCGAUCGCGACUCUCUGCACAAAUACAUGUCGCCAAAGUGUCUGCCAUCGUGCUAUGGCGGCAUCCUGGAGCUGCCCCGCAUCGACGGCGAUCAAUGGUAUGAGCUGUUGCUCAUGUGCGAUGCGGAGUACGAGGCCAUCAACUCGUACGGCUACAAGAAGAAGUGAGUGAGUGGGACCCAGCGACCCGGCAAUAUGUACAGCAAGUGAUAUUCCCUCGUAUACCCGAAACUCAAUUAGUUUGCAUUAAGCAUAAUAUCUGUUAUACGCUUGUCCAGCCAACGCUUGCGAUAGUAGUUUCGUAGUGCUAGAGCCAAGAAGUUUGCCUUAGUCUUAAGCGAUCGUUUCGAUCAAAUCUGGCAGUAAGUGUUAUGCUAACAGAAUAAUCCACUUUAUAUAUUUAAAUGGGGGUAAGCGUACUUAUAGUCUGUUAUUACGUUACACUAUUACUUACAUUGAUAAAAUA